UUAUACAUGACAUUUUUCAUGGUUAGGGACUCAUCAAUUUAUGCUUAAUCAUUGGAAUAAAACAUCUAUGUUCUAGUCCUAUCCGAAACUUAAUAAUUCUACCUAACAUGGCGUUGACAAAAAUAGAGUUUGCUGUGCAAAUGACUUGUGAUAGCUGUGAAAGAGAUGUCAGAAACAGUUUAGACAACGUCGAUGGUGUAAAAAACAUAGAAAUCGAUCUGAAAAGUGGAAGUGUAGUUGUUGAUACAACCCUGUCUGCUGACGAAGUAUUCAAAAAGUUGGAGCAGUCUGGAAAAAAGGUUGUACUCAAAGGUUAUGGUAAUUUAUCUGGUGUUGUCAUCCUUGAUACAGGCAAAAAAUCUGUUAAGGGGGUUGUCAGAUUUGUACAGCAGACUCCCAACAUCUGCAUUAUUGAUGGCACAGUUGAUGGCUUGAAUCCUGGUAAACAUCAAAUAUCAGUUCAUGAGUGUGGAGAUUUAUCAGAAGGUUGUUCAAGUGUUGGCAGUUACUUUAAUCCUUAUACCAAUGGAAGUAGAAGUGUAUAUGGAAAUAUUGGAUGUGUAAAUGCUGAGAGCAAUGGGAGGGCAGCAUUCAGGAUUGAUGAUAAUGUGAUCAAGCUAUCAGAAAUUAUAGGAAGAUCAUUUGUUAUAUCUGAUGAGAAAAAUAACAGGCUAGCAUGUGGAAUAAUUGCCAGGUCUGCAGGACUAUUUCAAAAUCCAAAAAAGAUAUGUGCAUGUGAUGGUAUCUCACUUUGGGAUGAAAAGUCUCAACCAAAGCCAUCACUUUAACUUAAAUUAUUAUUAAAUUUUAUAUAUUUAUAGCAGAAAUAGUUUAGUGUUGGAAUGGAAGGCAAGCAGGUCUUGCCUUUUAAAUAAAUAUAUAGAUAAAUAUGUAUGUUGUA